CCGACAAACAGGAGCGCGAUCUGAGGGCUCCAAUCCAACUGACUUGCCGGGCGCACAAGAAUUAUCGGUGUGCAACAACGUGUCGAGGGAACACGAAUUUCUUGUGAAGCACUGUUAAAAAGACAUGGUUUCGCAUUAGCCCUAUUUCUCCAUUCUUAGCCCACUGUUCAAACCGCCGAUGUCGUGCCCUCUUUAAUUCGAUCCCUCCCGUCGCUCCGCCCUUCCCGCACUGACUAGCCUCGAGAGGACAGUUGUAGAUGAGUGUUCAUGGCAGAUGCUGAGGCUACUCCAACGCCGACCGGACUGCCUCCGGGCAUAUCGAAACCUCUGGCGGGUAUCAGCAGUACAGAUCAAAGCGGACUCAUUGCGAUUUUGACGGGGUUUGCGUUGGGAUUGGUGUUGCUUUCGAUUGCUGUGAGGAUAUUCGUAAGGCGUGGUCUUGGCGUGUAUCGAGUCGAUGAUUAUACCUUCUUUGCUGCAUCGAUAUUCGCCAUCGUGCAAGCAUCGCUGGUGUUCCGGGAGCUGCAACAAGGGUUGGGGAAACUCGAAGAGAACAUCAAUCCAUCGCAUAUUCCCACGAUUGAGAAGCUUUCGUUCGUCGCAGAUCUCUUCUACAUCACCACUUUAUUCCUCUCGAAAUGCUCGACCUCUUUCCUCUUCCUCUACUUAACCCCUGGCCGAGCGCACAUGCGUGCCAUAUGGCUUGCAAUUGCAGCUUCAGUGACGUGGCUUGUAUCAUCUAUCAUGCUUGAGGCGAUUCGGUGUCACCCAAAUCGACCGUGGACAGACGAUAUGGCGACUUGCACAAACUCUUUUGCCAGAUGGGCGUUUAUUGCGAGCUUCGACACGCUGAUUGAAAUCGGCAUUGUAUCGCUUUCAGUAUACAUAGUCUGGGGACUCCAGAUGUCUUUCGGAAGCAAAAUGAUCGUAGUAGGGGCAUUUUCGUGUCGAAUACCAAACAUCGCCUUCUCCCUCACCCGUCUCGUAUUCCUCAAUCGCCCCUUCGAACCCGCCACAUCCCACCUCUGGGAUUCCCGGGUCGUAUCUGCCACCCAACUCGCCAUCGGCUAUAGCAUCAUAGCCUCCAUUAUCCCGUACCUAAAACCGUUCAUGAUGGCGUACGAACGCCCAGAAACCUCGCGUGCGUCGCACUACCCCUCUGGCCGCUCCGGUGGCUCUUCAAACUUCAAACUCUCGGCUCUGACAUCUAAAAGCUCUGGAACGGCUACCACUACGCUGGCCACUGUGGAUAUCGAAGAUGAUCCCGGGUUUCUCAAGGAAAAUCGAAGCCCAGGAGACAACGGACGCCGGAGAUCAACGCUGAGAUUGGGCAGAUUAAGGCCGGAGAUUACCGGGUACGAAGCCAGAGCUAGUGCCGUAGAUAAUAAAGAGGAGAAGGAUCGGAAGAGCGAUCAAGCCAGUGAUGAUUCCCAGAUGAUGAUUAUUAAGAAAGGGGUGGAAUGGAGUGUGCAGUUUGAUCCGCGAAGGAGUAGGGAGAGGGGUGAGAGCUUCUCGAGGCCAGAGGGCAGUCGAGGGCCAACACCUGGGGAUGAGGAAAUUUUGCCUGUGAGACAGGAUGUAUGAUGCCGUUGCACAGGUAAAUACCAAAGCAACUAACGACAGGUAGCAUUAGCAUGGAUGCGGAGUUAUGAAUUCAACUUCUCUUUUUGAUGAUACGUAAUUGUACAUUAGGCAUGGGAUUUUGGGACCCUUGAUGGAAUUAAGCUUCAUCAAAGUUGGGGGGUAAAGAAAAGCCGUUGUGGGAUCAACAUCUAAACG